GCAUAGAUACAGUUGGUCAGUUGAUCUUUCUAAGUCGCUCACUUGGGAUAUAUAUUGUGUAAAUUUCCACCUCCAUAAAUGUGUUUAAGGCUCAGAAUAAGUGCACAAAAUGCCUGGAAAAAAUAAAUUUCGUUAUGUGAAUAAUUUUUAAUCUCAUUGAAAUGAGCAACAUUUUGAAAAUUUUACCACCUUUUUUUCGCCAUCUUAAACGUGGAAAGCUUGAAUUUUAUUACCUAUCCAUUUAUCAUUAUUGAUAACCGAAUGGGUGGCUUGGGUACCUAUACCUAUAGAUAUUCAUUCAUAAAUACGUACGAGUAUUUCAGAGGGAAUGAAAUCAGAAAUCUUGACAUGUAUUUUCGUUCUUCGCUUGUAUUUACAUUCAGAUCCAACACAAGUAAACAAUGCAACUCUACGAAAUUCCAAUACUUCAAAUCAAUUUCUUCAGCAUACUCGUCACAGGAUAUGGCAUCUCUUCAGUGACAUCAAUAACUGAAACAACUCCAGCCCCACAGACCACACCUUCCUAUAAACACACUUUAUCCUCGGAAUAUAAUAAUUUCCCCGACAUUUUAGCAAGUAAAUUUUUCUUAGAUAAAACAGCAUUAAUAUCACAAGUGAUUGAGAACGAAUCACCACAUCUGCUUUUCACCGCACCAUCUCAUUUCGGAAAAACUACCAAUUUGGGAAUGCUGAUGACUUAUUUAGAAUUACCUAUCAAUUGGGAAAAUGGUGAAAUCGUAUCGAAAGAGAACACUUACGCUUACGAGGUGUUCUAUAAUUCGAAAACCAGCAAUCUGACUAUCACGACUUCGAAUCCCGAUUAUUUUCAACGUCAUUUUAUGGAAUACUCGGUCAUUGGUAUUGAUUUGUCGGAUGCUGCGAAUUACGACUUGUUGGAUCCGUCAUUGUCUUAUGAAAGCAGGACUGAUAAAAUCAUAACUAAAAUUAAAUCUACAUUAUUCGAUCCCGUAGAAAGAUACGAAUGCGUUUUGGAAAAAACCGACCGAGGUAGGGGAUUGCUCCAGAGAGUCCUGGCGAUUAAGAAAGAUCUGCAUAUACAUGAUUUGGAAAACAUCUUACUCGAAGCUUUAUUCGAAUUCGUCGAAAUAUUGCGAGAAAUAUUCCCAGAUAAAAAAGUUAUUCUGUUGGCCGACGGGUAUGAUUAUUGGAUUGAGAUAGCAUUACAUUUGAAAUGCGAUGCGAAAUUCAUAUUGGCAACUGUUGAGAAUAUUCUUCUGAGAUUACUAAAUUCGGGAAGAAGUACGGUUGAUAGAUCUUGCAUCUUUGGAACUUUUAAUGUGAUUAGAGCCGAAACAAGCUCAUCAUUGAGGGAUAUAUUAGUGAGCUAUCCCUUUCUGGAAGGCCACAAAUUCGAAUCAUAUUUCGGGGUAACGGAAAAUGAGCUGAAAUCCAUAUUUGGAAAGUACAAUGUCAGCUCAAAAGAAGAAAUCGCCAUCGAAGAAUAUUAUGCUCCUUAUAUCAGUAAAUCAGGACGAAAAAUUUACCCAUUGCGUUCUGUAAAAGGUUAUUUUAAUGAUAGGAAAAUACCUAUCACAGAUCCACCUAUAAUGAAACCAUUCUUUACUGCAGAGCUUGUACCUUCGAGGAUGUUUUCAUCGUAUGUAUUGGGAAAUAGAGUAAUUCAGUACAAUUUGAUGAAAUUUUUACUCGGGUACCCGGUAAAGAUCACCGUCAACUCGAGCGUCGAUCUCACAGAAUUUAAUUUCUUGGAACACUGGUUUCAAAAUAAGCAAGAAGCAGUUACCAUUGAACUGGCAACAACGCAAAACCGUCUAUAUUUUUCGCUACUCUUGGAAAUAGGUUUAAUUACCUAUUAUCACGACGAUGAGAAUAUUAUAAUUUUACCUAAUACAGAGUGUACGAAAAUUCUCGAAACUAAAAUUAAGCAAUACCUUUGGCAGCAGAAAAUUGUUUCAAGGGAUCGUAUGGAAUAUGCUAGAGAUGCUGUGAAAUCAAUUAUCAACGAAUCGUACCCCGAAAAAGAAAAAUUAUUGGAGUUCAAAACAAAACUGAACAAAUUGUUUUUUUCAGAAGAAGAAAUCAAACAGGUGGAAAAAUAUGAAGAGGAGUUGGUCAAGUUUGAUUACCAGUGUAAGAUUGCACAGCUACUGCAUCCUAUUAUCAAGUUACAGAAUCGGUCUCUCGGAUUAAUUAGCAACGAGACUAAUUCUGGAGAAGAAUUUGCAGGUAUAGCUGUGUCGAAUGAUGAUCAAUCUGUAGUAACGAUAUUUGAAAUGAAUUUUGAUCGAGGGAAACACGAGGGUCAGAAUUAUUAUUUGAAACUGCCUCGGAAUUAUGCUGAUUUUCGUCAACUAUACCUGAAAAAAAUUAUCAUCGAUGUGAUUAGACGUGAAAAUUAUACAAUUAUUUGUGUUUUUCCUACAGUAUUAUGCAAUUGUACCGCUGAUAUAGUCAAUUAUUUGAAUUCAGAACAGAAUUAUAUUAGUACAUUGCUAGUUUAAUUAAACUGUGAAAAAUGUUU